UGGUGCUCCGUGCCGUCGCUUUCGCCUCUUUCCAGUGGGAGCCGAGAUCAGAAGGGGAGAAAUGGGGCCGAUGAGAGGGGCGGUCGCUUCAUGGGGUAAGGGCAGGACGUUCUCCUCCUCCGCCGCCUCUUUGAACAAGAAGUGGGACGCCGUCGUGGUCGGCGGCGGCCACAACGGCCUCACCGCCGCCGCCUACCUCGCUCGCGCCGGCCUCUCCGUCGCCGUCCUCGAGAGGCGCCACGUACUCGGUGGCGCAGCCGUCACCGAGGAGAUCGUCCCCGGAUUCCGCUUCUCCCGCUGUAGCUACCUCCAGAGCCUUCUCCGCCCUUCCGUCAUCCGGGAAUUGGAGUUGGCGAGGCACGGUCUGAAGCUUCUUCGGAGGAGCCCUUCGUCCUUCACCCCCUGUCUCGAUGGGCGGUACCUUCUUUUGGGCCCCGAUGCCGGUUUGAACCAUUCGGAGAUUGCUAAGUUCUCCAAGAAGGACGCAUUGGCUUUUCCAAGAUAUGAAGAGCAACUAAAGAAAUUCUGUGAAUUUAUGGAUUAUCUUCUGGAAUCAUCAACUCCAGAAGUUAGGCACGAUGUUGCAUCCCUACUAUUUCAGGUGAAGGAUAAAUUACGAAAAUCCACAUUCUGGGGUCAUAUUCUCCAACAAACUGUCACAUUAGGACAGAAGGACAUGUUGGAUUUCGUGGAUCUUUUGCUUUCUCCAGCAUCAAAGGUUUUGAAUAAUUGGUUUGAGACAGAGGUAUUGAAGGCAACACUGGCUACGGAUGCUGUCAUUGGAUCUAUGCCUAUGAAAAUUUUGCUGCAGGCAAGUGUUCAUACACCAGGCUCAGGAUAUGUUUUACUACAUCAUGUAAUGGGCGAGACUGAUGGAGAACGUGGUGUUUGGUCGUAUGUCGAAGGAGGAAUGGGGUCAGUAUCAUUGGCUAUAAGUAAUGCUGCUCGUGAAGCAGGUGUGCAUGUUGUGACUAAUGCAGAGGUUGAUCAAAUUAUAAUUGAUGAGAAUACUGGAGUGGCCACAGGGGUUGCACUUCUUGAUGGAACAAAGGUGCACUCAUCAUCUGUUCUAUCAAAUGCAACUCCAUAUAAGACUUUUAUGGAACUAGUGCCUCCAAAUAUACUAACCGAAGACUUUCUCCGUCUUAUCAAGAAUAUUGACUACAGCUCGGGAACAACAAAAAUAAACCUUGCCGUUUCUAGGUUGCCACAGUUUGGGUGUUGCAAUGCUCAUGUACUUGAGCCAGGUCCUCAACAUGUGGGUACCAUACACAUUGGAUGUGAAAGCAUGGAGAGUAUUGAUAUAGCUUGCAAGGAUGCUUUGAAUGGUAUACCAUCAAGAAGACCAAUAAUUGAAAUGACGAUCCCCUCUGCCUUAGACCGGACCAUUUCGCCACCUGGUCAACAUGUGAUUAAUCUAUUCAUCCAAUAUACGCCAUAUGAACUUACCAAAGGAAGCUGGCAAGAUCCUAAUGUCAGAGAGGCAUUUGCUCAAAGUUGUUUCUCCUUGAUUGAUGAAUAUGCACCCGGGUUCAGCUCAUCCAUUAUCGGCUAUGACAUGUUGACACCUCCAGAUCUUGAAAGGGAGUUCGGACUCACCGGUGGAAACAUUUUCCAUGGUGCCAUGGGCUUGGACUCGAUAUUCCUGAUGCGACCUGUCAAGGGAUGGUCGGAUUACAGAACACCAGUGAAAGGGCUGUACCUGUGCGGGAGCGGAACACACCCCGGAGGUGGUGUGAUGGGUGCGCCCGGUCGUAAUGCUGCCUCGGUCGUCAUCAAUGACAUGAAGAAGAUGCGAUGAAACAAGAGUGAAUCGCUGGUGUCCGUCAUCAGAGUAGGUAAAGUGGGAGGGGGCAGCCCCAGAUUGGUAUCAAGUGAAUCGGGUGACUGGCGAAUGGUUUUUCCAGGGUGGAGAUGAUGCUUCUUCUGCUUUGGUUGCUGGACUCUGCUUCUUCUACCAUCACCUAUCGAGGCUAAUAAUGCAUCGUUCGCUUUGUCUGUUUUGAGGACAAGAACGUGAGAUGAGCACACGAGUGUAAUGUUCGGUGCAGAACUAAACAGUCACUGUUGAUACGUUCAACACAUCAGUCCAAUUUGCAUUACAACAAAGUACAUAUCUCUCUCUCUCUC